AUGCCUCUGACGAAAUUUUUCUUGUGUCUCGGCGCACUGGCAACCGUCAUGGCCAGUGCCGCGCUUCUUCGCUGGAACCCAGCCCCGCCGAUGCUGCAGACUCCCGUCGCUUCCGCCGCCGCCAACGCUUCCUUUGCAAAGAUCUGCCGCGCCAGUCACGCCCUCAGCAGCACCCACCCGGGCGUCGGCAUGUCCAGCUGGCCGACCCUCUUCAGCGCGCUCGGUCUGGACGCCCGCACACCGCCAUUCAGCAGCGGUGAGUCUUCUUCUUCUGCUGCUUCUCCAGGUGGUGGUCGUCAUGAUGCCGCUUCGUCUGCUGGAAAGGGCCGUCGUCCGGGACGCUUGGAACGGGAGAUCGUACUUCGGGCGUGGACAAAGGCAAUCGCGAAUACGUACCAGGCCGCGCAGCACGUUCAUCGUCAUAACGACAACGACGACGACAGCGCAAACGGGGAUGAGGACGACGAUGCCUGGGCGCGGGUCCUCACGGAGGUCGCCGACGCGCUGUAUGAUGACGCGGCGAGGGCCUUGUACCUGGGCAGCGUGCUGCCGCAGAUGCAUGCAGCCGCCCGAGAUUGGAACAGGCAGGCUGGGAGCUGGUCUUUCGGCAGCAGCAGUGCCAGUGGGGCGGGACGUGACCAGGGAGAGGAUCGUGCGGCGAUGAUGAAGGAGUUGGUCAGAUUGUGUGCUGCUGAAGGGUUGUGGCCGGGUGGUGGUUGA